AAAUGAUUUAAUUAUUAUUAAUCUUUUUCAUCAGAUACACUAAACAUAGGAAAAUGUUGAGCAAAAAUUUGAAAACAAUUCGCUCAAUCAAUGGUCAAUUGAAAAGAUAUUUGUCGGCCGGUCAAACUCAAACUAAAUCGUCAUCAUCACCAUCGAUUCAAGUUUCGACGCUUCCAUCUGGCGUUGUUUUGGCUUCGGCUGAAUCUGAAUCACCAUUAGCUCGAGUAGCUGUUGUCGUUCGUGCUGGUGCCCGUUAUGAACCUCAAUCUAAAUUGGGCAUUUCUCAUAUUGUUCGGUCAUCUGCCGGUUUAGGUACGGAAAAUUUUAGUUCAUUUGGUAUAACCCGUCAGAUUGAAUAUCACGGUGGACGAUUGACGGUGGCUGGUACUCGUGAUUCAAUUACCUACCUUUUGGAAGUACAUAACGAUGAAGAAGUUUUGCCAAAAAAUUUUACAAUGGUUGCUGAUAGUGUAUCACGGCCAGCCUUCAAGCAUUGGGAAAUUGCGGACAACACUGAACGAUUAAUGGUUGAUCGAUCCUUGUUGGAAGAUACACCAUUUAUUCAAUUGACCGAAUUGAUUCAUCAUGUCUCAUUUAGGGGUGGUCUUCGAAAUUCUCUUUAUGUACCGAAAUUCAUGGUCGGAAAACAUUCUGCAGAAGAUUUGAAAAAAUUUCAUCGCGAAACAUUUGUUGGAUCAAAUACGGUAGUUGUCGGUCUUGGUAUAGAUCAUCAACAAUUAACUGAAUUGGUUGGGCAAAGCCUUGUAUUGCCAGCAUCGACAGGAAUGAAAGAAUCUAGUGAUUUUAUUGGUGGUGAAAUUCAUCAAGAUUCAUGUUCACCAUUGACCUAUGUUGCCAUUGCUUGUGAAGGUGUCAGCAUCAAUAAAUCUCUAAAAGAUUAUAUUGCUGCUGCUUUAUUGCAGAAAAUCCUUGGUGCUGGUAGUCAAAUUAAAAACUCGUAUGAACUGAAUCAGGCACAACGCCUAAGUCAAGCUGUUAAAGCUCAACUUAGUGGAAAAUCUUCGGAAAAUGUUUCAGUAGCUUCUUUCAAUUAUAACUAUGAAAAUACCGGUCUUUUUGGUGUCCAUUUAGUUGCACCAAAUACCUGUGACAUUACUGCGAUGGCUAAAUCGGUUGUAAAAGAAUUCCGUGCUACAAUGACUUCGAUUUCAGAUGCUGAACUCAAUGAUGCUAAAAACAAUUUGAAAACAUCGGCAUUGAUCGCUCUGGAUGAUGAAGCUGCAUUGGUAUACGAAAUGGGCACACAAUUAUUGAUGACUGGCCAGAAAUUUUCAAUUGAAGAUUAUCUCAAACAAGUUGAUUCAACAACCAUGGCUGAUGUCAAAAGUUUGGGUUCUCGAAUGAUGAAAUCAAAAAUUGGUUUGGCCACGAUCGGACAAAAUGCUCCAUAUUUGAACGAUAUUCAAUAGAUUUUAUAAUUAGAUGAACAUUUUUUUCCUGUGAAAAAAAAAUGAAUGAUAGAUCAAUUAUUAAACUUGUUGUAAAAAAAUAAAGAAAUAAAAAAUUGAAAUUAUUAAGCAU